AAGGCCGAUCUAAGAGCAUUUGUUGUCGAUGCUGUUGUCAAUGCUGCAAAUGAGGACCUGCGACACAAAGGCGGGCUUGCACUGGCGUUAAGUAAAGCUGGAGGGCCAAGGAUACAAGCAGAGAGUGACCUCCACAUUCGGAAGUUUGGAAAAUUAAAAACGGGACAGGCCAUUGUUACAGGCGCUGGUGAUCUCCCCUGUACAAAAAUAAUUCAUGCUGUCGGCCCACGACUCAAUCUGAAUCCAUCCCCAAAGGCACUGUACAAUGCAAAAAACAGUUUAAAGAAAGCCAUACACAGUAUACUAAAACAAGUGUCAAAACACCAUUUCAAGUCAGUUGCCAUUCCAGCCAUUAGCUCUGGAAUCUUCAACAUGCCCCUACCAUUGUGUGCUGACGUCAUAGUGGCCACAGUCAAGGACUUCCAUGAGAAGAAUUCAUUAAAAACACCUAACCUCAUAGUUCACCUUGUGAACCAUGAUGAACCAUCAGUCAAGGAGAUGGAAAGAGCAUGUACUGAGAUACUUUCACCUCGCCCUUUGGAAGACAACCUGAAGAUGUCAGAAGUGGAAGAAAAGCGGGUAGGAGUCAUCUUCAUGACUUAUUGCAGUAUUCUUAAAUUGUAUUUGAAUAUUCAAAAUUACUUCAGUCAAAAUUACUUCAGUCAUUGCCCUAUGAGCAUAUCAUUAUUGCAUGUAUUUUGAAUAUAUAUUUAAUGAUAGGUACAUUACCUUUACCUGAGGAUGUACCAUAUUACAGGUAUUUUGUAUUGCUGCUUUUUCGACUGGUGUUACGGUGACAUAGCUCAUUUAUGAGUUUUACAGAAGUUAAUGGAAUUGAACUUACAGUAAUUGAGAUUGAUUAUAUAGAAUUUAGUUUAAUUUAUCAUUAAUAUAAGGAGUAUUUUUGGGACUAUAUAAGUAUUAAAAAUGUGUAAAUUUGUUUUUAAGCUAAAGUCACUGUGGAAAAGGAAGAGCACAGAAGCUGUAGUUGCUGUGAUCCCGGCCCUCACACAGCCAGGUCACAGUUUUGUGAUCCAUCACAGCGAACUGUGCUCGCUGAGACCUCACCGAUGGCUGACAGGCGAGGUAUUUGGUUGUUCUAACAUUACCCACAAUACAAUAAAAUAUCAAAAAUAAAUGUUUAAUUAUGUAAACUUUAUUGAGAAAAGUAUUCCAAGUUCUGAAAUAAAAGAAUAACUUUCCAUACCAAUAGGAUUGUAUUUUUACAUUGUUUAUUUAAACCUGUGUUUACUGUGUAAUCCGCUCUAUUUCUUUUGUCUUCUUCUGUCUUUAUCUAUGUUUUUUAAUUUAGAUUAUGGAGGGCCUCUUCCAUCUCUAUGCCAACCAGUGUAAACAUGGACAGAGUAUUUACAUUCUGAACCAUUACACAGCAGGUGUAAUACUCUUUGGCAAACGAGACAGAAUGAGAGAACGCAGCUUGCCAAGGGUAAUGCUUGUUUUCAGUCCCCUGUCUGGAUCUAAAAAAAAAAGUCAUUUUUAUUAAGAACAGGUUGAUUUGCAUUUCAAAAUUUUUAUUAUUUAG